UAUUCUUAAGAUCAAUUACGAAGAUCUGUAUCUUAAUCAGAGCGGAUCUGAUGAGAUUUGGAUACGGUUUUCAAUGGUGAAAAUAGAACCACGGAUCAGGUUUUCUUUUGCGGAUCAAAGGGGAGAUGCGAUUACCAGGGAAAAAGUUAAAGAGGAUCUUAAUUAUGGCAAGGCUAAUACUCGGUUUCAAUCGACGGAAAUCAGAUCGGAGUCUCAGAUUUCGAUGGUCUCACAUGAUUAUUUCACAAUGGGAGAAUCUCGAAUUAAGAAGGGAAAUUACCUAAGUUCAGAAGCGAUUCUAAAAUCCGAAAAGGCAGAUCGGGGGAUAAUCAAACGAAGCUGUCAGAGAUUUGGUAUCAUCUCAACGGAUUCUGGAUAUCAAUCCACACUAAAUGGCGGUGAAAAACAGGGAAAAUGCAAGCAGUAUUUAACAGAGGCGAAUGGGCGGUUUCAAAGAAGGUGGCCGAAGCUCCAAUCAAGAGAUUGAAGAUCACGGUGCCCAAAUUUGAUAACAAGAGCCUGAUUAAAGGUUACUCACGCACUCUCAUAGGCAGGUGCAUGAACCCUCAAAUGCAGGACAUGAAAGCUCUAUUGGACAUGUUUCCAAGAAUAUGGAAAAUGGAGGAUCGGAUAGCAGGUGCGGAUCUCGGAAUGGGCAAGUUCCAAUUCAAUUUUCAGAAAGAGGAAGACAUUCAAGAGGUAAUGAAAAUGGAGCCAUUCCAUUUUGAUUACUGGAUGCUGUCUCUGGUGCGGUGGAGUCCGGUUGUUGACCAUUAAUAUCCAUCAGCAAUCAAGUUCUGGGUCAGGAUUAUGGGAGCCCCACUCCAUUUCUGGGCUGAUGUGACCUUCGAAAGUAUCGGCAAGGCGCUUGGAUCAGUGGAAGCAGUUAAUCUAGAUGAGGGGAAGAUUCAAGUGAUAAUCGAUGGUUUCAAACCAUUAAUUUUUGAAACGACGGUGGAGUUCGACGGUGGUGUAGAAACAAUGGUGUAUCUGAGGUACGGGCGUUUGUUUGAAUUUUGUAAAAUCUGUCAGAGUCUGUGCCAUGAUCACCAACGGUGCCCAACACGGAUUGAAUCCGAAGAACGGAGACAUCAAGGUGAAUUCAAUGAUGACCCAACAAAUGGUUAUGGAACAGCUUUGUGUUAAACAGCUGUUAAAUAUGGAGGUAACGGAAGUAAUGGAGACAAAGACGCGGGGAAGCACAAUGGAGGAGGGAAUGAUGGUAAACAGCAAAAAGGGAGGACAGAGAGGAGAUAUAGCGAAGGUUCAUCAAGGGGUUUCAGACCCUCGAGCCACCCUCCUCCAAAGAAACAACAGAAGAGGUAUGUGACGGAGGAGGCAAAAGAGAUCGCAUCGGUUGAAACGGAAAGUUUGUCUCAGCAUCAGAUGACAACUUCCAACUCAGAGAAUCAGGAGAUUGCUGUGGCACAAGUAUCUCAAACGCAGGAGGUUGGCUCGGGUAUGCACAUUACAGCACGUCACAAAGACAAAGCAGUGAGAAAAAGUUUAUCAUUUGAGGAUGAUGACCGGCUGGAUUUUGCGUCUCGGGGAAAAGAGGACCAAGAAAUGGAGGACAGGCGGUUUCUAGAGAAGAAUGGGGAUGGCUCGGUAUCAAACAUGGAGGCAAAUGCUCAAAGUGACUUUCAUGAAUCUGGCGUUGCUAUAUCAGAUUUUCUGCAACAGGUGAACUCAGGGGUUGAAUCGGGUGAACUCCAUCUCGAUAUAGACAACGAUUUGGGUGCUUUGGGACAUGAAGAAGGUGAUUUUUUUGAGAACCCAGAUAUUGAGAUGCAGAUGCUGGUGGGACAGGUUAAAACACCAGUGGAACCUGUAGAGGUGCAAAAAAGUGAGGUUGAUUCUCGGCUGGUCAUCAUGGAGGAGGACAAGGGGAAGAGUGCAGAGCCAACUAAACCAGAACCGAAGAAAAAACAACAGAAAUCCACUCUGCCUUACCUUGGUGGUUCAAAAAAGAGAAUGGUUCAGGCGAUAGUCUCUCCGCGGAAGAAGCAGGUCACAAAAACAACAAACCGCAAUGGAGAAGGAGCAUGUACGGCAGCUCCAAAAGGCCCCUCACUUCCGCAGGAGGAGCAAAAACUUUGAGAUUUCUUUUAAAUGAGGGUUUUGAGUUGGAAUUGUCAAGGUUUAGGAAGUCAUUGGACAAUAAGUUAUCUU